ACUAACAAAAAAUUGUUCCAUUUGACGUUUGAAAUUUUAUAUUGCAUCGUUCUGUUUUGAUGAAAUAUACCCGUCAAAUAGAAAAUAUCAUUGGUGUUAAUUCGUGUUUUCUUGUGAUUUUAUCAUUGACCAAAAGGAUCAGUAUUAGUACGACAUCACAGCAAAAUGGACAUCGAAAAGUUACCAACUCAAGAAUUUGUCUUAGAAGCCGAUUCGGAACUGCGGUUUGAAAUCGAGACGCGUAACCGAAAAGUGAUUAUCGAACUGAAAGAAGGUCAAGCCGAAUUAUUUGGUACUGAGCUUGUUGCAAAGAAACCGUAUGAAUUUCAUACCGGCGCAAAAAUGGCCAUAUUCACAUAUCAUGGAUGCAGACUGAUGGUCAAAGGCGAAAUGAAUAUCCAUUAUAUUGCACGCGAAACGCCGAUGAUACAAUAUUUAAAUGCACAUGCCGCUAUUGAACAGCUCCGUGUUUCGGCCGACGAACAGAAUGAAAAUGGUCCAAUUGCAAUGGUUGUUGGGCCGUGUGAUGUGGGAAAGUCAACACUUUGUAAAAUUUUACUCAAUUAUGCUGUGAGACAGGGCCGAACACCGAUAUCCGUUGAUUUGGAUGUAGGUCAAGGAAGCAUUUCAAUUCCGGGUACAAUUGGUGCAUUUCUAGUCGAACGAAUCGCACAUGUUGAGGAUGGUUUCUCGCAACAGGCACCGCUUGUCUAUCAAUACGGUAAUCUCAGUCCAAGUGCCAAUGAUGCAUACUAUAAAUUAUUAUUAUCAAAAUUGGCCGAAGUGACAUUGAAACGUUUGCAAACGAAUAAAAAAAUCAAGAGCUCUGGAAUGAUCAUCAAUACAUGUGGUUGGGUUAAAGAUGCAGGUUAUAAGCAUAUUUUGCAUGCAGCACAAGAAUUUCAAGUGGCUGCCAUUUUUGUAUUGGACCAAGAGCGUUUGUAUAAUGAACUGUUGCGUGACUCUCCAAAGGCCACACAAGUGGUAUAUUUAACAAAAAGCGGUGGCGUUGUUGAACGUAGCCGAAGUCAACGAAGCGAUGCGCGUGACACUCGAAUCAGAGAAUACUUUUACGGACGACGUACACCAUUUUAUCCGCAUUCGUUUGAUGUAAAAUGGUCGGAUAUUCAGAUAUGUAAAGUUGGUGCGCCCGCUCUGCCCGACUCAUGUAUGCCACUUGGAAUGAAGGCCGAUAGUAAUAAGACCAAAUUGUUACCAAUUCAACCAAAUAAUUCCAUUUUACACCACAUUUUGGCAAUGACAUUUUGUGAUAAUAUUGAAGACGAUGUAAUUAACUCAAAUAUUGCUGGCUUCGUUUGUGUAACGAAUGUUGACAUGGAACGACAAGUGAUUACAGUACUAUCACCGCAGCCACGACCAUUGCCGAACUGCAUUUAUUUGUUAUCUGAUAUACAAUUUAUGGAUAGUCAUUAAAUUAUGUACUCUAAAAUAAA